AUGACAGAGGCUGAGGCCGACGCCCCCACGGGGCCUAAUGAGCAGCCCAAGGUGCUAGCAUACCGCGGUAUACUAGCUCAUCCCAACCUGAGCGAAGAGUUCGAGCUGAAGGCGCUGCUUCACGUCAAGCGGGCCACAGACGGCGAGCGCGCGAAGCAGAAGGUGGAGCUGAUCAGCAUGUCCACCGACGGGUGGGAGACAUGUGCGCCGCUGGUGCGCAAGAUCAUCCGGUGCGAGGACCUGCGGUUGGAGCCCGGGUGGAGCCAACAGGUGCAGCGGGAGGUGGAUGUCUUCACGUACCUGCUGACCCCCAGGCAGUGCCGCGGCAUGCAGCUGCAGAUGCUGCUGGGCUGCGAGGUGAACGAUGAUGUCAUCACGCUGACCUACCCCUUCGCGGGCCCCAGCCUCACCCAGUGGUACCCCGCCAGCCGCCGCGCCCUGGGCCCCGGCGGGCUGGCCGCCAUGGACCCGGCUGCGUCGUGGGCCGGGCUGGGGAUGGCCGGCCGCAUGGCGGCGGUCCCGGGGGACGCCCUGCAGCUGGUCAAGGCGCUGCACCGGUGCCACACCAUGGUGGGUGGCGACGCUCGCGUGGCGUUGCUCAGUCGCGUGCGUGGUGUCGUGCACCGCGACAUCAAGCCUGACAACGUUUGCAGGCACGCGGGGUCAGGCCAAGUGACCCUGAUCGACGCCGGCCUGCUGCAGUGCACCCGCCAGCUGUUUGGGAGCUCCAGCAGCGGCGGCGGCGACAGCAGCGACAGCGGCUCCACCGCUUCAUCUGGCAGCGCAGGCUGGGGCUCUGACCCGCGGCUCAAGCAGGCUUACGCCGCCAUCACCGCCGCGCCCGAGCUCUACCUGCACCCCGCCAUCCCGGCCGGGGCACAGGAGCGUCGCGCGGCGGCUGCAUGA